GUGCUGCUGUCUGAAGACGUCAUCCUUUCAGGAAGUCGGACGUAAACACGCCGAGGUCCAGAGUCUUAUGACCUAAUAAAGUGUGUUGAGGUGACAGACGACAAGCCUCGUCGUAGUUGCUGGUUGUACUGUAGAAAGGUUUAGGACCAAAAUGACUGAGGUCAGCUGUCUGAAGUGGGGAGACUUGUCUGACCUGGGCAGCGUGGACAUGUGGGUCCUCCAGUCCUCCCAGGUUCGGGUGGAGGUCCUCACCCUGGGUGCCAUCAUCAGGUCUGUGUGGACUAGAGGGAAAGAUGGUCGUAUGGAGGACAUAACCCUGGGCUAUGAUGACCUGGAAGGUUAUGUUUCUGAUAAGCGGUACCUGGGAGCUGUGGUGGGCCGUGUGGCUAACAGGAUCGCACGAGGACGCUUCGUACUAGAGGGGAAACUGUACCAACUAGAUAUCAACAAUGGACCUAAUGCACUGCAUGGAGGGCUGCGGGGCUUCAAUAAAAUUCUCUGGUGUGCUACACCAGUGGAAGGUGGUGUACAGCUGAGUCUUACCAGUCCAGAUGGAGACCAGGGUUAUCCUGGAGAGGUUCGGGUCUCUGUCACCUACACCCUACAGGGGGAAACACUAACUGCUGAAUACAAAGCCCGGUCUACCAAAACCACCCCCAUCAGCCUCACUAACCACUCCUACUUCAACCUGGCUGGACAGGCUGCAACAGAUAUCUAUGACCAUGAAGUGUCCAUCAGUGCUCAGUCCUAUCUGCCUGUGGAUGAGACAUCGAUUCCUACAGGAGAGAUCAGAGCAGUGGAAGGCUCACCCUUUGACCUCAGAAAGCCUGUUCUGAUUGGCCCUCGGUUGAAGGAAUUUCCAGGUCCAGGGUUUGACCACAACUUCUGUCUUUCGUUGCCCGGAGACACAUGCACAGAGAGACAUGCUGCUAGAGUAUGUCACCCAGCCAGUGGGCAUGUCCUGGAGGUUUCUACUAGCCAACCAGGAAUCCAGUUCUACACUGCAAACUUCCUGGAUGGCUCUAUUAAAGGAAAGGGUGGAGCUAGGUAUGGGAAACACAGCUCCUUUUGCCUGGAGACACAGAAUUGGCCUAAUGCUGUCAACCAGACUUCUUUUCCUGACUGUCUCCUACGUCCUGGUGAGGACUACUGCCAUGUCACUCGCUACACCUUCACCACUCUGUGAUCCGACCUCUACUAGUGGACAGAAAAGAAGAAAACUGAAUUUUUUGAUGUGGAAAACAAAGUUAAUUAGUUAAUAAUAGUUUUCUCAGUAUAGAGGAGAAUCGUGUACUGUACGGUUCCGCAGCCACUACUCUUUUCAGCAUAAGUUUAGUUCCCUACUGUGUGCCUGUAAUUUUACCACAACACUGCCAGCAGCCUGUGCAUGUCAUGUGUGAGUGGGGCAGUGACAUGAUGCUCAUAGUGCAACUUGAACAAACUCUCUAAAUUAUAAUGUACUUUAUCAUCUUCUUACAUGUAACUAAACAGUAAUAAAAGGUUUCCUCCAGCUGAUUAGUACAAUUUGUUCAGGUGU